CUCUCUCUCUCUCUCUCUCUCUCUAAAUGGCUUCUUCUUCUUAUUCCUUCUCUUACACUGCCAAACUAAUGCUCGUAGUGUUGGUAUUAUCAACCUCAUUAAUGGCAGCCUCUGCAACUAACUUCAACCGAGACUUUGAUAUCACGUGGGGCGGCGACCGUGCUAAGAUUCUCAACAAUGGGAAGCGCCUAACCCUAUCUCUCGACAAAACCUCCGGCUCCGGCUUCCUAUCCAAGCAUUCUUAUCUCUUCGGAGAGAUCAGCAUGCAGUUGAAGCUCGUCUCCGGCAACUCCGCUGGUACCUUCACCGCCUUCUACCUUUCAUCGAGUGGAGCGACGUGGGAUGAGAUUGAUUUCGAAUUCCUUGGAAAUCUGAGCGGUGAUCCUUACACUGUCCAUACUAACGUAUUCACACAAGGGAAGGGUAACAGGGAGGAGCAAUUCCACCUUUGGUUUGAUCCUACCAAAGCCUUCCACACCUAUUCCAUACUUUGGAACCCUAGACAAAUUGUUUUCUCUGUGGACGGCAUUCCAAUCAGAGUCUUCACAAAUGAAGAAUCCAUCGGCAUUCCCUUCCCUAACAAACAGCCCAUGAAGAUCUUCUCGAGUCUAUGGAAUGCUGACGAUUGGGCCACUAGAGGUGGGCUCAUCAAGACUGAUUGGACGAAAUCGCCGUUCAUUACCUCCUUCAGGAACUUCAAGGAACGAGCUUGUGUGUGUUUUUCCGACGCCACUUCUUCAUGCGCUUCAAAUUCUCCUACAUCGCUGUCCGGAGAUUGGCUGAAUCAAGAGCUUGAUUCGAAGAGCAAGCAGCAGCUGAUAUGGGUGCGAAAGAAUUACAUGAUUUACGAUUACUGUGCUGAUUCCAAGCGGUUUGUGCAGGGAUUCCCGCCAGAAUGCAGAUAUGCCGCUCUCGUUUAGA